ACAGUUGUAACUUUCCGUAUGUGUAACCUGUAGGCCGUUUUCCGAUCGGAAGGUGAAACUUGGCCUAAAAAGGAACAAUUUUUGUGAUAAAAUGAGUGAAAAAAACUGAAGAUGAUGUGCAGGCUUCUUCAAAGCAUACCUAGAGGAUUGCGUCACAAGGCUCAAGCCAAUGCGACCCAUCCCCCCUGGACUGGGAAUGGCAGCCAGCAGAGCCGGCGUCAGGAGGAAAACGUCCGCAAUGAGCUGGUCUCAGCCCCCUUGAGUAGUGACGCAUCGCAAGCAUCUGACAAAAGGUCAGCCCAACCAUUGCAGCACAGCAGGAGCCUAUUGGGACUCACUCACUGGAAGUGGGAAGAUGGGUGGAGAAGCUUCACGGGUAACGGACAGUGGGAUUCCUUCAAGAAGAGAGGCAGCAGCUACACAUCGCAUGAUGCCCUCGAAUGGGGUACAGCCCUUGUAUUCAGUCUUCAUCUCUGUCGAGUCCUGACAGCAUCAACCCUUCCAGAAGACAGCAGUGGAGGAAAGAAGCAGAUCCUUGCGUCGGUGGCAGACAGAUUGCCAGGAUUGUGGCGCAAGCACGUCAGCCCUUUGAGCCUCCUCAGUCAUGACGAAGGAAAGAAGACAAAACCCAAACAAGAUGAAAAUCAUCAUAAGCCCGAUAUUCCUGAAUCGACUCCUGCGACACCGCUAACGGCUGCUGUCGCUCAGCUCCAGGCCGUGACCAACCAGAGCUUGGGCCAGGCUUACAACAGCUUGGGUGUGAAGAAGGCCCAGUCAGGACGCCUGGAGGAGGCAGUCAGUCACUUUGCCGAGGGUUGCAAGGUUGGCUUCAGCAAGGCUACCUUCAACUUGGCCGUGUGUUAUGAACAGGGCAAGGGAGUGGCUCAAGAUCUUGAAAAGGCAGCAGAUCUGUACAAGAAAGCUACAGCCCAGGGUCACCCACUGGCCAAUUUCAACCUGGGGGUGUUUCACAUGACGGGCAAGGGAGGCUUGCCACAAGAUACAUCCCUUGCAUUGGAGUUGAUUGGUUCGGCAGCGGCAGCAGGUGUCACACAGGCAAACAGAUACCUUGGUAUUCAUUUCCUUGAAAACAAGGACAACAGAGAUGAGGAAAAAGCAGCCACAUGUCUUCAGAAAGCUGUUGAGAAACAGGACACUGAUGCACAGUACUAUCUUGGGCUCUGCUACGAACACGGCUGGGGUGUGGCCACAAAUGGCGCCAAGGCAGUUUCACUCUACCACAAGGCAGCUCUGAAAGACCACCCAGAGGCCCUCUAUAGUCUGGCAAAGUGCCAUGAACUUGGCAUUGGGGGAUUGCCAGUCAACAGAGAGUCAGCUUUACAGUUUAACGAACAGGCAAGCAACCUGGGUCAUCUACGAGCUUCAGAAUCUAUGGAGCAAUUACUAUGCAAUCCCACUUCUGACACCACCAAAGCGCCACAGAUUGCCAUCCAUACGGGGGCAACUGAGACAUCAACAAGAGACCACGAUAGCUCAAAGAUACUGCAGGCACAUGGGUCAGUGGAGAAUAACAACAAAUCGUUGCACGUGUCCAUCUCAGCUCCUAGUCUUGGACACAAUGAGGGGAAAGCCGUUCAGGCCCCAAGAAAGGACAGUAUGGGGCAACAGUUUUCAUACAGAAAUAGCAAGGUCUCUUUAUCACACCUGAAUCUACUCCUUCCAUACUACUUCAGUCUGCCUUCCAUACCAUCUCUGGCAGGUGCGGUGACUAAUGCAGGUCAGAGUUCAAAGGUCAGUUUUCAGGUCGGAGAUGACGAGAAUGCCGAAGAGGAGGAUAAAGCAGACAGUGCAGCAUAUGGAUUUGUUGACAAUAGAUUUCAUGCCGCAACUCCGUGGCUCACUGUGACUUGAUCUACGUCACUCCAAAAAUCAUGUAUAUUUGAAACGCACAAUGGACUAAUGUGUAUAGUACUUCUCAACAGCAAGAUUCAUAACUUAAAGUUGCAGGUGGAGGGUGCUGUUUUAUUGUCAUUAGAACAGUUUUGUUUUAAUGGAUCGCAUAUUGUGAUUCAAAAGAACACUUCACAUUACAACCUGUACUUGAAAUGUAUGCUUUUGAAGAUGAUACUCACUUUUGCAGUGAAUUUUAAUUUCUAUUUAACUGAUGCUGUGCAUUUUUGUAUUAUUUAUAUGCCAUUUGUAUUACAAACCAGGCUCAUCCAACAGUGGGUGUGUUAUGCGUACAUUAGUGAAAUAAGAACGUACGUAUUAGUCCUUAUUUUGUAUAAAUAUCCCUCACUGUAUUUCGUACAAUAUAAAUUGUAUUUAAGGGCAUAAAAUAGCCUCAUAAUUCAUAAUGAACAAAGAAACAAAAAUGU